UCGGCGUGCGGUCUGGCAGGAACUAGAAAUAGCCGAGUAGUGGCGGAAAGAGCCGAGUGCCGGGUUACAGCCCCCCACCCCCCACGACCCCCGGGAGAUGAAGAAGCCGCUGCCGCCGCCGCUGCCGGGUCCAAAAGUCGCCUCUAGACCGGACAGCGCUGCCUGAAAAACAUCGUCCUGUGCAAAAAGUGGUUGCCGCGUUGUCCUUCUCCCGGACGCUGCAAGGAGGGAGGGACCGCUUGGGCUUUGGAGAAGACGCCCCCGCAUGGAGCCUGGGAUGUUUCAGGUGGAGUUCCCGAACUUUGGCAACAACUUGCUGAGGAAGCUGAACCAGCAGCGGAUGGAGGGCAAGCUGUGCGACAUCACCAUCCACCUGCAGGGCCAGAUGUUUAAGGCCCACCGGGCAGUUCUGGCUGCUUCCUCGCCCUACUUCCAUGACCAAGUGCUCCUGAAGAAUGCCAGCCGCAUCGUACUGCCCAGUGUGAUGAGCCCCAAGGCCUUCGAGAACGUGCUGGCCUCAUCCUACACAGGCAAGCUGACCAUCCUGUCGCCCGACAUCGUCAGCUACCUGACGGUGGCUAGCUUCCUGCAGAUGUGGCACGUGGUGGACAAGUGCACCGAGCUGCUGCGGGAGUGUCAGCCCCCGGCCCCAGCCCCCAGCCAGAACCAGUCACCCAGCAGCAGCAACUACCUCAGCCCUUGGCACGGUCCCGAGCUGCCCACCAAGUUCGAGAGGCCUGAGGAUGACGGCAUCAAGGUGGAGGGCCAUCAUCACCAGCAGCAGCAGCAUCAGGAGGACGAGGAAGAGGAGGAGGAGGAAGGGGCGGCGGGUGGAGGGGAUGAUGAGGAGGACGAUGAGGACGAGGAGGACGAUGGGCAGAAGGGCUCAGCCUCACCACGCCAAGAGACUGAGCAGGACAAUGUCAUCAGCAACUCGGCCGAUCGGGAGAGGUUCGGGGCGGAGGGUCGGGAGAGUGAGGCUGGGGCGUUGAGCGAUGGCGCCGACUGUGCUUACCCUCUGCAGACCUACAGCCAACCCAGCAUGGUGCCGCACAAGCGCUGGGUCCUAGUGAAGAGCGACAAGGCGGAGGGCGGGCGGUCACCGGGCGGUGGCGGGGAGGAGGACGAGGAGCGGCACUUUGUACUGGUGCCGCCCAUGGGCAAGAGGGAGCCGGAGGACCCUGGGCACGAGAUGCCCGCCCACUUUGGUGAGCACCUUGCGCCCGAGGAGUAUGACGAGUUCGCUGAGGACCCCAGCUACGACGAGCCUGUCGACUACUACGGAUCCUCAGACGACUUCCACUUCGAGCGGCCAGCAGGGGGCAGCCCCGGGAGCGCAGUCAUGCAGGGCUCUGGGCUGCCUGGCGAGAUCCAGGAGAAUGGUGCCUACGGGGUACUGGGUGAGCCAGGCCCCAGUUCUGGGCAGGCAGGAGCAGCGGCUGGCUCUGACUUCCCUGGCGGCGCCGUCUACAAGCUCUACCCCUGCCAGUGCGGCAAGAGCUUUGCCCACAAGAGCCAGCGGGACCGGCAUAUGAGCAUGCACCUCAAUGUCAGGCCCUUCGGCUGCCCUAUCUGCAACAAGAAGUUCAAGAUGAAGCACCACCUGAUGGGUCACAUGAAGAUCCACACCGGGCACAAGCCGUACGAGUGCCACUACUGCGGCAAGAAGUUCAUGUGGCGAGACAGCUUCACGCGCCACCGCAACGCCUGUGCCAAGCUGUACCACGCCGCCACAUCUGUCCCCAUCCCCCUCCCUGACAUCGACGUGCCCUCUGACCUCAGCGUGCCCUCUGACGUCUGACCCAGACCCUCUGACCACCUGCACCCCUCCCCUUCCACCCGUUUAUUCCCCCCCCCCCUUCACUAAAGGAAGCUGCGAGUGGACGUGUGGGAAUGAAUGAACCAAAGUCGUUGUUGGGUUGGGUUGGGUUGGGUGGGGG